GUUUUGCAAAAGUCUGAUGAAUUGUGUAUUUGGCUGAUUCAAUAUUAUUCUCAGAUUAUGGACUCUUAGUCACCAGAUACAGCCAUUAAUAUAAGAAGUUCCACACAUCAAAUACUUGAUAGAAAAAUAAAUUAGAAUCCUUUUUUCUAAUAUUUGAUUUUUCAAAAAUGGUACUCACUACAAUCUUGGCAAGAACUUCAGAUGGACUUCCACUGGCUGCUUCUACACAAGAUGAACAGUCUGGCCGAGAAAUGGUUGACUACCAAAAUCAAGCUAAGAUGUUAUUCAAGAAGCUCACUCCCAACAGUCCCACCAAAUGUUCUAUAGCAACUGGCAACUAUAUAUAUCAUUACUUGAUUGAAGGAGAAGUUUGCUACCUCUGCCUGUGUGAGCAGAGCUUUAGCAAGCGGACAGCAUUCACCUAUCUUGAAGACUUGGCACGUGAGUUUGACAAACUCUAUGGCAGACAAGUGUCAGCUGCAAGAAGACCUUACAGCUUCAUUGAAUUUGACCUUUACAUGAGCAAGGCCAGGAAGCAGUACAGCGAAGGCGUUGGACGUCGCCACAUGUCACAGCUCCGUGAUGACUUGAAUGAUGUGCAGCGCAUAAUGAUGGAGAACAUAGAUGAUGUGCUGCAGAGAGGGGCUGCUCUACAAGACCUGGAGACAAAGGCGAGCGGGCUGUCGGCUGUGUCACAGAAGUACCGCAAGGACGCUCAAUAUCUCAACCUGCGCUCUACAUUUGCCAAAGUUGCUGCUGUCUCAGUACUCGUAAUACUUGUUCUCCUCUAUUUCUUUGUCUUCUGAGUGGACCACUUAUAAAACUAGCAUGAUUUAUAAAUACGUCCUGCCGUGCAUUUGGAAAUUUAUUCUAAUGAAACCUAUUAGGAAUUGAAAAUGAAAGAUGCAUGAAAGCUUUGCAUGGUUCCAGUUUAUCAAAAUUAUGACUUUCGUUAAUUUCUAUUCUUUUUUGAUGCCUUGUAUUCCAAUUUUUUUUUAAAUCAAACUCUUCACGAUUGUAGCUCAAUACAUUAAAGAGUUUCAUGGUUUCAUUUAACCAAAAUUGAGUCAUUCUGGUUUUAUUGAAAAACCUGUGCUGUGAGGGGAUCUGUGCUGUUGAAAAGCAAGGAUGAUAGGUUUUUCCUAAUAAAUGAUUUACUUCAAACUUGGAAUCUAGCAAAUUGAAUUGGAACUUGGAGCAAAUUUCAGGAAGAGCUUUAAAGAUACGCUAUUUGUCACCGAGUUGAAAAAUUAUGUUCAUUUUUGUAAUUUCUAUUCAGUUUGUUGUAGCUCGCAAAGGCUAUUUACAAUUUCUUUAGUUUUUGUAGACUUAGGAUUCAACGUAAUUUCCCGAUAUUAACGCUAGAAGGUUUAAAUACAUGAAGAGUUUGUUGGUUCCUUCAGAUGACAUUCAGAUGGUGAAGUGUUGGAGCAAUGUUGCCUGAGGACUGAUCUCUCAGGCGAGUUAGAGAAUUGGGUGAAAUAUUCUUAUAUUUUAAAGGUACUAUUCGAUAUUAUGGGGUAUUGCAGUGGUGGACUUUGAUAUAAUUGUCUAAUACAAUUAAUUAGCAUCGGUUCGACGAUGUGGCUAAGGCGCAGGCACUGGAGUCGCACGUUAAUGUGUCCUUCCUAUAAAUCCGCCUUUUAUUAUAAAACAAUCUGUAGCUUCCUUCUUUAAACUUGUUGCUGGCACGACUUUUCCAGAAUAAGUAAAAGAUUAUAAUUUUGUAGUAUCUAUAUUUUUUACGGUUUACUUGUUGUUGGAACCAAUGGAAGUAUAUGAUUUAAAUAAAAUUUUAGUUCCGUAACGUUUUAUAUUUAUUCAUAUGAAAAACUUGUGUAGUUUCGCCGUCAUAAUGUUUAUCUUCAUCUAACUAUUCAGUGAAUGGAGUCAAAGUGAUACUUUUAUUCUUACGGAUAUAUUAACAACAGAUCUUUAUUACUAGUGUGUAAAAUUGAUCUUCAGGUAACAAUGUAUCUUUUAAAAUUACAUUCGAUUAUUGUGGGUGCAAGUUUUUUUGGCUUCGGAAUAAAACUGACUGAGAUGA